GUUGGAACGAGGUGGGGUGGCCCCGUACCCCUUAAACCUGUGUGCAUGUGGCCAUCUCCACGGACAGCUGGCUGAUGGGCGGCCCUAACUAGGCCUUAGGGCUACUGCAGUGGUUGAGCUACAUUAAAAAGUAAAUGAAAUACCAAACAUUUAUGAUUGGGAGUAACAGUACGCAUGAAAAAGGAGAGGCUAGACAGAAAGUCAUUCCAGCCAGCAUUUGUUAUUAGCAGUGAUUGUUCCAGAACAAAACUGAAUUCUCUCUUCUCAUCCCUACUUAUAAAACAAUAGAGAAGUAAUAAAAAGAAGCCCAGCUGGAGGCAAGAAGAGUCAUAGGAAUAGAGAACAAACAGAACACCAGGCAUCCCUGGCAGUGCGCCCCCUGAGAUGCUAACAGACCUGUUGAGUUCUGCAUGUUUGUAAUCACACAGGCCCAUGCCAUGGCAGGAGAACCGAUAUUCUUUCCCACUGUAAUUAUCAGGGGUUUUACUUUCAAGCUGCUUGUCUAGAUGCAGCUUUGUCAAGGUCACAACAACCUGGAAGGGAGACCCUAUGUGGGGCUGGUGUCCUUAUUUUUUUCUUUUUCUUUUUUUUUUUUUUCAAGCUAAUCACACCCAUGUUGUCUAAACUUGAGGUUUAAAGGAACUAAUGUGAUCAGUUCAAAUGAGUGUAUUUAAAUGCAUGUUAUUUCACUAACAGAUGUUGUGAAAAGAACCAAAAUGUUUUGAUUAGCCCCACUGACAAUCUAAAAUGUGGUUAAUAUACCAGUUGCUUCCUAUUUUUGAUCACAAAUUGGUGUGUGUGCAGGCAGCUGCCAGAAAAGAUGGGCCAGUAAUGCCCUCUGUCUGCCUCCAAGUACUUUCACUCCUGCUUUGUAUUUGUGCUGAUGCUAAAGGUUCUGUGGUGAGCCAGAUCAAGGAAUGAAAUCCCUGAAAACUAAUUAGACAAAAAAUAAUUUUCAUCCGGUUUAAUUUCCUGAUUUAUCUAAUGCAGAGCUAUGCAGCACAAGAGAUUCUGUAAAUUAAGCAGCAAGUGUGUGGCUUAGGGAUGAGACAGCUUCCAUUAGUGGCAGUAGUGUAGUCCAGCAUGAACUUGCACUGGAACUCUGUGCUAUUUAAUAUUAAUACGGAUAAGCCUUGCCUUGUUUCAAGUAUGUUAAUGAUUUUUUUUUAAAGUUAUUUAUAGCCACACUGGCUUUUUUCUUAACAUGCCAGUGUACAUUAGGUUUUCCGUAACUUAAUAAAAAGCAUUUUAAAAAACAACAGAUUUUUUGUUUUUGUGGCAGUUCUCAAAUCCUAGUUUUACUAAAUAUUCCCUGCUGCAGUAUAACUGCAAUGCAUGAUUUACAGUAUUAGGAGUGCCCACAGUUUGCCUGAGUUGGAUGCGAAAAAUUAGAAUGUGAAGAGACUUAGUGAAAUCUUUUUACUAAUGACUUAUUUAAAUUAUUUUUUGAAUCAACAGUGAUUAUGGAGUGACUUAGGAUAUCAAAGUUUGCUUGUUAAUGUUACAAAUCGUGUUUAAAAUAUGUUGCUUUACGUAUUUCCCAGCAUGACUGAUUCAGAUUGAAGAAUACAGUGGAAAACAGCAAAUACUUGUGGAGACACGAGAGCGUAGGCAAUUAAAUGGAAAAAGACUUUGUAGAAUCAAAUGCCUUUAUCAAAGUGAUGUGCAGAUGUGGUUGUGCCUCUUGGAGCUCAGUAGCAAACUCUUAACUGUACAGCACAGUGGUGAGGAAUCUGAGGCUUGUGGUUUAUCCCUGACAAAGCAUGAGGAAAUCAAAGCGACCUUUAGUUCCACAAAAUCUUUGGAGAGAAGACGUGGCCGUGGACGAUACAGGGGUAGAAAGUGUGGUCGAGGUCACAAAGGGGAAAGACAAAGAGGAAAUCGCCCCCGGUUAGGCUUUGAGGGUGGCCAGACUCCAUUUUAUUUGACCAUACCAAAAUACGGGUUUAAUGAGGGACAUAGCUGCCGACGUCAAUAUCAUCCGCUCAGUCUUAAGAGGCUGCAGUACCUGAUUGAUUUGGGUAGAGUUGACCCUACACAACCCAUUGACUUAACACAGCUUACUAAUGCCAGAGGUGUAACAGUGCAACCUCUCAAACGGGAUUAUGGUGUCCAGCUGGUGGAGGAGGGUGCUGAUAUCUUUGCAGCAAAAAUAAAUAUUGAAGUGCAGAGGGCAUCUGAAUUAGCAAUUGCAGCUAUAGAAAAAAAUGGAGGUGUUGUUACAACAUCGUUCUACGAUCCAAGGAGUUUGGAGAUUUUAAUUAAGCCAGUCCCAUUUUUCCUGCGUGGCCGGCCUAUUCCAAAGCGAAUGCUUCCCCCUGAAGACCUGGUGCGUUACUACACAGAUGCCAAUAAUCGUGGCUACCUGGCAGAUCCAUCUAAGGUUGCAGAAGCCAGACUUGAACUUGCCAAGAAGUACGGUUAUACCCUACCAGACAUAACUAAGGAUGAGCUCUUCAAAAUGUUAAGUACGCGCAAAGACCCUAGGCAGAUAUUUUUUGGUCUUGCUCCAGGAUGGAUCGUAAACAUGGCAGACAAGAAAAUUCUGAAGCCAACUGAUGAGAGGCUGCUAAAAUACUAUAGCUCGUGAUUUCAGGACUGGAGACAACUGCAGGUGUACAGGAAACAUCUGGAUAUGAAAUAAUGGAUACGAAGUGGUGUUUGUUUUUUUUUAAGACUCCUGUUACACCAGACAAAACAGAAGUUUUUGUUUAUGUAAUCUACUGGCGUAGCUUUUGCUCUUUUUCAUAACACCGUGUAUGAAAAGUCUUAACAUUUGGAAGCAGUGUGGAGUCUGAAAUAAAGCAUGUAUUUGGGCA